CCGGCGCCAAGCGCAGGCGCUGUAGCGCUCUCUUCAGCGCUAUGGCUGGUGGGGGUCUCACGGCGUUGGCUGCCGCUCUCACUUGCCUUUGCUUCCUGGCUCCGGCGGCUGAGGGCUUCAAGAAGAGGGGACCCAGCGUGACAGCCAAGGUGUUCUUUGACAUGAAGAUUGGAGACAAAGAUGUUGGCAGAAUUGUAAUUGGAUUGUUUGGAAAAGUUGUCCCAAAGACUGUGGAGAACUUCAUUGUGCUGGCAACUGGAGAAAGAGGAUAUGGAUACAAAGGAAGUAAAUUUCAUCGAGUGAUCAAAGACUUCAUGAUUCAAGGAGGAGACUUUACAGCUGGAGAUGGAUCAGGAGGAAGAAGUAUCUAUGGAGAAAAAUUUCCAGAUGAGAACUUCAAGCUCAAACACUAUGGAAUUGGAUGGGUUAGCAUGGCUAAUUCUGGCCCAGACACCAAUGGAUCCCAGUUCUUCAUCAGUGUAACAAAGCCUUCCUGGUUGGAUGGAAAACAUGUAGUAUUUGGCAAAGUCCUUGACGGAAUGUCUGUGGUACACUCAAUAGAACUCCAGCAGACAGAUGAACAUGAUCGACCCCUUGAAGACUGUGUGAUCGUGAACAGUGGCAAAAUAGCUGUAAAAGAACCAUUUGUUGUUGAAGUGGGCGACUGGUGAGACCAACAGUCAGAAUGGAAACUAAAAAUUUCUUUAAGGCCCAUUUUUUACUGAUUUCAACUAUCCAUUCUGUUUUCUUUUCAAAACAUAGGAGGCUGUAUUUAGACAAUACUUACAAGACACUUACUACAACCGUUUAUGUCACAGCUUGAUGGAGCUGUCAUUCCUUGUAAUUCAAGACACAGCCCACUAAAUCCUAGACCUUGCAGAGAAAGUAUUUCAUGAAAAGUUUGGGAAAUACUUGUGUUCUCUCAUGGUUUGAAAUACAGUCAUUUUGUACUUUUUUGACAUUUUUGCAAUAUUUGUUUCUGCCUUUUCAAAAUAAAAUAUUUU